GCGCUCCCCAAACCGCCGCCAGCCCUCGGCCAACCGCCCCCAACGGCCGCCCGCGCGCGGCUCCCCGGGCCCCCUCGCUCCUCCCCUCAGGCCCCUCGGAGCGCCGCGGGUACUUCCCUCCAGCCGCUUCGCACUCUCCCACCUCGCAGGCACGCUGCUGGUUGUACCGCCAUGCCCCAGCCACAGGCUGUCCACGGGCCUAGGCGCGGCGGCCCGAGAUAGGGUCCCCUCAGCCUCCCGGGGGAGGAGAGAGGCAGCGAGCCGCGCGCUCCGCCCCCUCCCCCCGGGCUGUCGCCGCCGCCGCCGCCGCCACCUCGCCGCCUCAGCCUGGCGGGGAGGAGGAGGAGGAGCACCAGGCCUCCGGGCCCCGGCACCGCCGCCCGCAGGACAUUUCUGAUUCAUUUGCAUCCUUGAAGAGCAUCUGUAGAAGAGGAAGGAAAAGAUGGGUGUGAAAACAUUUACUCAUAGCUCCUCUUCCCACAGCCAGGAAAUGCUUGGAAAGCUAAAUAUGCUGCGAAAUGAUGGACAUUUUUGUGAUAUCACUAUUCGUGUCCAGGACAAAAUCUUCCGGGCACAUAAGGUGGUACUAGCAGCUUGCAGUGAUUUCUUUCGCACCAAACUUGUAGGCCAAGCAGAGGAUGAGAACAAGAAUGUGUUGGAUUUGCAUCAUGUUACAGUAACUGGCUUUAUACCCCUUUUAGAAUAUGCGUACACAGCCACUCUGUCAAUUAACACAGAAAAUAUCAUUGAUGUUCUAGCUGCAGCCAGCUAUAUGCAAAUGUUCAGUGUUGCUAGCACCUGCUCAGAGUUCAUGAAAUCAAGCAUUUUAUGGAAUACACCCAACAGCCAAUCAGAAAAGGGUCUAGAUGCUGGACAAGAAAAUAACUCAAACUGCAAUUUUACUUCCCGAGAUGGAAGUAUUUCUCCUGUGUCUUCAGAGUGCAGUGUGGUAGAAAGAACCAUUCCUGUCUGCCGAGAAUCCCGGAGAAAGCGCAAAAGCUACAUUGUUAUGUCUCCUGAAAGUCCUGUGAAGUGUAGCACGCAGACAAGUUCUCCCCAGGUAUUGAAUUCUUCAGCUUCCUACUCAGAAAAUAGAAAUCAACCAGUUGACUCUUCUUUAGCUUUUCCCUGGACUUUUCCUUUUGGAAUUGAUCGAAGGAUUCAGCCUGAUAAGUCUAAACAGGUAGAAAAUACCCGGACUUUAGAAUUACCCGGCCCAUCUGAGACAGGUAGAAGAAUGGCUGAUUAUGUGACUUGUGAGAGCACAAAAACUGCCUUGCCACUGGGUACCGAAGAAGAUGUCCGGGUCAAAGUAGAAAGGUUAAGUGAUGAGGAAGUCCAUGAGGAAGUGUCUCAGCCUGUCAGUGCAUCUCAGAGUUCACUGAGUGAUCAGCAGACAGUGCCGGGAAGCGAACAAGUCCAAGAAGACCUUCUGAUUAGUCCACAGUCUUCCUCUAUAGGUUCGGUAGAUGAAGGUGUCACUGAAGGGUUACCUACGCUUCAAAACACUUCUAGCACUAAUGCUCAUGCAGAUGAUGAUGAUCGAUUGGAAAAUGUUCAGUAUCCCUACCAACUCUACAUAGCUCCUUCUACCAGCAGUACGGAACGACCAAGUCCAAACGGUCCAGAUAGACCUUUUCAGUGUCCAACUUGUGGGGUACGAUUCACCCGUAUUCAGAACCUAAAACAGCACAUGCUCAUCCACUCAGGUAAUGUCGUCUUCCCUACUGUUGCAUAAAUGAGUACUUGAAACAUUACAUUUGGAAUCUCAGUUAAAAAUAGAAAACAGAUGUUUUUGAGUUUAAAAAAUAUGUCUCUGAGAAAUCAGAUAAGCCUAAGUCUGUUGGUAAAAUGGUACAGUGUCAGAAAGCUAUUUGUUUAAUACAUUUGCCACAGGCAUAAGUAUUCAGAUUAAAACUCGGUGGGGUAUAUGUGCAGACAUAAAUGAAAGGCACUGGGUAUAUUAGGUGUGUGUAUAUAUGUGUGAUAGAGAAGCACAGGUACAGAUGGUAGAGCAAAUGGAAUUAAAAGGGUAUUUAUUGCUGUUCUUUGUACUAUUCUUGUAACUACUCUUUAUGAAUGGAAU